GCGAUUGACAGGCGAUGAAAGGCACGCAAGACAGUCGAGUCACCGUACAGGCCGCAGCAGGCACAUGCCUACAUCCGGCCAUUGACACUCACUUGCCAGGCCUGUAGACGGUUUUGAAGUCUUUCCUGAAUCGCAUGCAGAGCCGCUCUUCCUCCUGCUGCGGCAGAGCACACCGCUUCCAAUCGGCCUUCUCGGGCGAUCCCAACGCCUCACAGAGCGCCUCGCGACCCAGGUUGAGCGGGAUGCGCACCUUGCUGGGGCCGCCCGUGAUCAAGUAACUGUCCACCUGACGGCCUGCACAGGCACACACACACACACACACGCACUUGGAUGGAUGCACCUGUGGUGGCUUGACUGGCGGACCUCUGGCAGUAUUGUCGCCGGGCAGCUCCAGGUAGAGGUAGGGCAUCUUGGCGUUGUUGACCCGCUCGGCCAGCUGCCUCAUCUCGCCCACACCCUGGCUGCCGCUGCCGCCCUCGGGCAUUGGCUCUCGCCUCUCCAGCCGCUCGUAAGUGAGGUUUGCCUCCUUGGCCCUGGCCUCAAAGAUCUGGCCGAUGGAGGCCUCGAGCUGUUUGGGGAUCGGCACCACCUGCAGUUGGGUGUGGGCGGCCGUGGUGUUGUGCAUCGGCACAUAACGCUCGAACACCACACACGAACGGCCCUGAGAGAGAGAAAAGGCGAGUUCUCUGUGUGUGGCCCGGCCUGGACCAGGCAGCCACCUACCUGGCUGUGGUAGAGCUGCCUCAGUACGGAGAGGAAGGUCAUCACUUCGGUGAGCAUGUCGGGCGGGCCUGUGUGGCAGGCAGGCAGCCAUCACACAAUGGGUGUUGGUGUUGGUGGCUAUGGUUGGUGGUUUGUGCCGUGUCUCACUCACCAGCCAUGAGGUAUGGGUAGUGGUUGAUGGGAAUCACCAGAACGUGGUCGGCAGCCAGGCCGCCCUUCGCCAUCGCCACAUACACCUACACACGACACACGGCACACGCACACCCAGACAGACAGAGGUGUGGAUUAUGCCUGGAGCGGUUCGUGAACCCGUCCACCACCACCACCACCCGCUCCACCCACACACACGCACCUUGUCGCCCACAUGCACAAUGAGGUGCUGCUCCACCUUCGGAUUUGCAAGACAAAACCAGCACUCUGCCACACACAACCAUGGCACACUCACUGGUUUGUCCGUCUGUGGUCUCUCUCACUCGAACACACCUGCAUGUGGCUGCAUAUCGAUGACGAGCGGCUGCGGCCCCCUGGGCCUCCCAUGGCCGCCCUCCCCCCUCUCGCCCUUGGCGUGCUGCUGCGGCCCUCUCCUGGGAUCGCCCCCUCUGUGGAGCAUGAUGCGGAUCAUCCUGUUGCCCGCCUCGAUCUGCUCGCUUGCCUUGGUGGCCUCCUCGGCCAUCGCUGCCGUGGCGUACUUGAUCCAUCCACGCCCAGUGCCCCGCCUCUUGCCGCCGCCACCACCACUGUCGGCCCCCUCGCCGCCCGUCAGAUCGAGAUGGACCCACUCGAUCUCGCCGAAGCCCUUCAUGACCUUGACGAGCUGGUCUCGUUCGAUGUCAAAGGGCAGGUUGGUCAGGAACACGAUGGGCGUCUCCCUUGGUGCGAGUGCCGGCCCCUCGACCCUCAUGCGCUUGGCGGGCCGCUCUGGGCGUUCGGUGGGUGGCGGGGGCGGCUGCAGGUCCCGGAAAGUGUCCAAGAAGGGGUUUGGUGUGCAGGGGGAGGGCAGCUGGUUGAGGUCUGCGGGGAGGAGGGAGGAGCCGGGGGUGAUCUUGAUGGCGUGCAGCCACUUGGUCGCCUUGCCGGGCGGAGAGCCGACACCGCCCAGAGAGAUGAAGCGGCAUGGGUACCCUGCACACCGACAGACAAACACACAGACAGACACACAGACAGACACACACAGACAACACACGCAUUCACGCAGACGAGAGCAGCCUCGCGUGCACGGCCUUUCCUUUUACCUCUCAGUGUGUCGUAUGGCGGGCGCUGGUAGAAGACGCCGCUCGUGGCAGCGAUGUGGUAACGAGGCGACAGGUGAAAGGCCACACGAGAGACCGUCGGCGAGCUGACAUUGACACACACACACACGCACGCACACACACACACACACACACAAGGGGAUAGGAAACCGAUCAGCGCGCCUUUCCGCUGGCUGAACCAUUCCUUCCCACCUGCACUGCGCUCUCUUGUCAGACGGCAACAGCUCGUCCAGGGCGCUCUUAUCCUCCGCAGGGAGCCGUCCGUCGAUGGCCUGCGGCCACUCUGACGUCACCAGCAAAUCGAUCGGGACCGACGGCGACGCACCGUUAUGCUCACGCUGGGAGAGGAGGGUCUUCAUGGCCAUGGGUGUGUAGUUGGAGCCGACGAACGGCUCCGAGUCGCCGCCCUGGUCCUCGCCGCUCGCUGCGCCAUCUGCAGCACAACAAACACAACACGGCACAACACAACACAACACAACACAACACAACACGCAGCUGAUGGUCUUGUUCGUGGGUUCCCGUUGCAUCUCCCGCCCGCCCGCCCUUCCGUCCAUCACCCACCAUGUGUCCCCUCCGACACGGCCUUGUCAUAGCGCCCAGAGAGGAAGGCGAUCCUCAGCCCCUUGACGACCUUGAUCCCACAGCCGCCGAUGAAUUCCAGAUCCUCGGCCAGCCGCUGGCCGCCUUUGGCAGAGGCGAUGAGCGCCGCUCCCUCCCCCCCAGCACCGCCCUCGAUGAAGUAGGUCGAGAUGGGCAUGGUCUUGGUUCCCGUCACGAAGUCAGGGAGGUCGGUGGACGGGCCGUCGGGCGAGCCGAGGAAGGACCCGCAGCAAAUGAGCAGGUCGAAUGGGCCUUGGCGGGCGUUGACGGCUGACACCUGCAGACAGACAGACAGAAGAUCCAUGACAUGAGAGCAUCCGAUUCCAUCAUGGCGCAUGCCUCGUGUCCUGAGGUUUGUCUGCACCCACCCACCCACGUACCCACCUGCUUGGCGAGAAGUCCCAGCUGCCCUUUGACAUCGCCGCAGAGCAGCACCUUCACUGAAACCGUUGCGCCCUCCAUCACGGAAUCACCAAAAGGCAGAUCUGCACUCCCCGGCCUUCAGACUUCGUGUCAUGCGCUCAGUGGCGGGAG